AUGGUUAAUAAUGAUCAAGUCGCUGCAGCAGAUGAGCGUUUGCUGGAAAGGCUAAAUGCGCUCAAGCCGUCCACAGUGCGGCUUCAACGCGACAAGAAACCAGCCGAUUUCGACACGCGUUCUCACAUAUCAAUCGGGCGACCCGGUUAUGGUCCCAUAUUUGGAUAUAUAGACGAUCCCUCUAGUAAAGCUCUAGAAGAAGAAGCGCUAGCGCCAGAAUCGCUGUUCGACGGUGAUGCCAUUGAAGAACUUCUCGCGAGCAUCGAACAAAGAGACGAUUUGACACUUCGGUCGCAAAACAAUACUAAUCAAGUGCAGAGUCUUUUGACAGGCGCAAGUGAUUUUGUCAAAGACUCUAAAACCAUAGGGUUUACAGCAGAUAAACCCAUUCUUGAAAGCCGAGCGGGGACACAUGAUUCUGGAGACUCUCUUGCAUGUAAUGAAAACUCCUCUAGCGACGAGGAAGAAGAUGAUAUAGAAGCAGCAAGAUACGUCAAAGAGGCUUUAGAUGAAGUCAACGUACCAUCUCACGACGAUUUUCAAGGACUAGAUGGCUUGGAACCCUUAACUCAAGGUUCGGGUUCCCCAUCUAACCAGGACACCAAUGAUGACGCCCUAUCAUAUCAAUUAACAGCCCUCUUUCUUCCAUCUGUCCCAAAGGACUUGCCUGUAUCCAAUAAAAAACCUCCCGAUGCGAGCCUACCACCUCAGUGCUGUUGUAUUUGCUAUGAUACUGCUACAACUACAUGUUUAGACUGUGAAGGAGAGUUAUUGUAUUGUGUCAGUUGUUGGAAGGAAAUGCACGAAGACGACGAGGAUGCACAACCGCAUAGGCAUAUCAAGUUCAAACCAUCAUAA